AUGGCUCUCUCAGUUCACAUGCCAUCAAUUGGCUGUGAACACCUGACCGCGGACAUCAUCAGCAAAAUAAAUCAACUUCGAUCAUCAAACAAUACAGUUCGCGACCCCAGCUUUACUCAAUAUACCUGUAUCUCAUGUUCAACCACCGGAGGCUUUCCAACACUCGACAAGCACUUUAGUAAGACCAAGCAUGAAUUUGCCGUCAGUUCAAAGUCAAUCUAUUGUGGCAAGUGCAAUGAUCUGGUAUAUGAUCCCUCGUUUCUGGGCUUGACCAAUCCUAAGAAGCGCAAACUGGCCGACAGCAACAACGACGAGGACGACUCAUAUCUGACAGCCAAUACGUCUCGACGACCUUGUGGCCGCGCUGGAGUGAGAGGUCUGUUCAAUCUUGGAGAGACAUGUUACAUGAAUGCCGUUUUGCAGAUGAUGGUCCAUAACCCAUUACUGGCGAGCUACUUUUUGGGAAUGGGCCAUCCCACCCACACCUGUCCAAUUUCCAAGGAACCUGAUAAAAAGACCGAUUCCGACGAUGAAGAUGAGGAAGAGGAGAAGAAGGAGCAGCAGACUUGUGUGGCUUGUGGUAUGACCGAGGUCUUUUCUGAUGUCACAAUGGUGGAUCAGCCUCUACCGGCUUAUGCAGUCAAUUUGCUGUUCGCCAGCUGGAAAAAUGUCCCGGAAAUGUCAGGCAAAGGACAACAAGAUGCACAAGAGUGGUUCAUAUGUAUCGUCGACCGCCUCCAUGAAGGCGUGGCUCAAUAUGUGACGAAUGGUGAAAAGUCCAAAACCAACAAAGAUGAUGCCAAAGAGACCAACGGCGCAAUAACAACGAAUGGCGUCGAUAAGCAGUGUGUUUGCUUCUUCCACAAAGUCUUCUAUGGCCGGUACAAUUCACAGAUCACAUGCGAUACAUGCCACACAGUGUCGAGCACUGAAGAUGAAUUCUCCAGCAUAUCACUUGAUUUCAAGAAACAAGUCAAGCGGAAGAAAAAACAGGCCGCGCAGGCCGAGAAUCUCAAAAUCGCAAUCCCUACCCUUUAUGAUUGUCUCAAGUCAUUCACCGCUCCAGAGCCUCUGAGUCCAGAACAGUACAACUGCAAUGAAUGCAACACUCGCCGGUCUGCCAGUAAGCACACACGAAUCCGCAAACUGCCGGCAAUUCUUUGUGUGCACGUCAAGCGAUUUGGCAUGAAACAACUUGGUAACGGCACAUUGAUCCCCGAGAAAUACGAAGGCAAGCUUGACUUCCCUCUCCAGUUGGACAUGGGUCCAUGGACAACGAGACCACCUAAGACCGUCAACAUCAAUGGCGUGGACGGAUCAACAACCAACGGGGCAGGUGACAAGGACAAGUAUAGCAGGGAUCGAUACAUGUACGAUCUAGACUGUGUGGUGGUACACCAGGGUGAUCACGCGCAAAACGGACAUUAUUUUGCGUUUUGCCGGCAGGAUAACCGGUGGUUUCGCUACGAUGACGAAAUCGUCAGCGCAACAACGACCGAGGAUGUCAUGAGGCAGGAAGCUUAUCUGCUGUUCUACUCGUUGAGGGGUCUGGAGAGCGUUUGA